UUUCUAUACUUACCUAAAGCAGUCAUAUCAACUUGACUACCUCCACGACUCGUCACAACAACCCAGUAUCGCGAUUUACCAUGGCUGACAACCGCAAGGUCGGCGUGCUCGGAGGUGGCCAGCUCGGCCGCAUGCUCAUCGAGGCUGCCAACAGACUCAACAUUCAAGUGAAUGUCCUGGACGCCGCCAACUCCCCGGCAAAGCAGAUAUCGGCACAUGACGGCCACAUCGAGGGAUCCUUCAAGGAUGCAGCCAAGGUCAAGGAGCUCGCUCAAAAAUGUGAUGUGGUUACCGUUGAAAUCGAGCAUGUCGACACGCAAAUGCUCGAGGAAGUAGCGGGGCAAGUCGUCGUCGAGCCAAGCUGGAAGACAUUGCGCGUCAUCAAAGACAAGUACGCACAGAAGCAGCACCUUAAAGAGCACGGUGUCGAUGUUGCAGAGAGUAUUGAUUUGGAGGGGAAAGGAGCCGAUGGUUUGAAAGAGGUUGGAGUUAAAUAUGGGUAUCCGUACAUGCUCAAGAGCAAGACAGAGGCGUACGAUGGCAAGGGCAACUUUGUGGUCAAGAGCGAGGGAGAUAUCGAUGCAGCUAUCAAAGCACUAGGCGGCCGUCCCUUGUACGCUGAGAAGUGGGCUGACUUCAGUAUGGAGUUGGCUGUCAUGGUCGUCAAGACUAAGGAUGGUGUCCUGUCCUUCCCUACUGUCGAGACAGUCCACGAGGACAGCAUCUGCAAGCUCACCUACACUCCUCCCCGCAACGUCUCUUCGAGUAUCUCCCAGCGUGCGCAAGACCUCGCCAAGAAAGCUAUCGCUGCUUUCGAAGGCAAGGGCGUCUUUGGCGUAGAGAUGUUCCUACUCAAGGACGACUCUCUCCUGAUCAACGAGAUCGCACCCCGCCCACACAACUCAGGUCACUAUACUAUCGAAGCCUGCCCUAUCUCUCAAUACGAUGCUCACCUACGCGCCAUCCUGGACAUUCCCAUCCAGCCCUACAUGCUCCGCCUCAAGGAACCAGCCAUUAUGCUUAACAUCCUGGGCGCAGCAACCCCGGACUCCGACAAGAAGGUUGCUCAGUACGCUAUUGAGAACUCUGACGCUUCGGUCCACAUGUACGGCAAGGGCGACUCCCGACCCGGACGCAAGAUGGGCCACCUCACCAUCACACGACCCACACUGCGCGAAGCCGAGCAAGCCAUCCAACCUCUCGUUGACUUCGUCGACGAGCAAAAAGGCAACGCCCUCGGGCCCCGUUCUGACGACCCCGAGCCCGAGCCCUUAGUCGCCGUCAUCAUGGGCUCGGACUCAGACCUGCCCGUGCUAAAAGCCGGACUCCAAAUCCUCGAAAAACUUGACAUCCCAUUCACGACACGCAUCACCUCCGCACAUCGCACACCGGACUGGCUCCGUACCUUCUCCAAGACCGCGUCCAGCACCUCCCUCCGCGUCAUCAUCGGCGCAGCAGGCGGUGCCGCCCAUCUGCCAGGUAUGUGCGCGUCCUGGACCACGCUCCCCGUCAUUGGAUUGCCUGUGAAAGCGACGCACAUGGACGGCUGGGACAGCCUGGUGAGCAUGACGCAGAUGCCGCGGGGCGAGCCGGUGGCGACGGUGGGGAUUAACAAUAGCACGAAUGCGGCGUUGUUGGCGGUAAGGAUUCUAGGGGCAAGUGACAAAGGGGUCAGGGAGAGGCUGAGGGUGUGGAUGGAGGGAAAUGAGAAGGAGGUUUUGAGAAAGGAUGGCGAGUUGUUGGAGAAGGGGUGGAAGCAGUAUCUUGUGAGUAUGGGUAAAUAGAUGGGUGAGCUGGAGGCAGGAAAAGGGCUGGGAAGGCUACUAGAGAGAGCGUGAAAGGCGUUGAAGCUAGUCGUCCUUUUCAUAGAUAGUCGAAUUUUCGCCUGAUU